AUGUCUCUACGAUCGUUGCGGCCGUCGAGCAGCCGCUCGUGGAGAAAUGUAUUCCGAAUCCGCCAGGCCCGCCUCCCGCGACACCUCAACACGGUCGCCAAGUGCCCUUCGCCGACUUGCGGUUGCGCCGAGACACCCGCCAUGCCCGAGGGCCUCGAUAUCGACUACAAGGGGAAACUGAACGGGCUCAUAGCAAACUACGCCGAGCAAGUUCUAAUCUGUACGGGCAAAGACGACUGGCCCUCGCGCAUCGAGGAGGAUAAUGCCGGCGACAACCUCGCGGCCGAUCUAAAGGAGCUGCUCGGGCGUGGCGGCGUAUACAGCGAUCCAUUCCACAAUGUAUCCGUACUCAAUUCGUCCUUCCCUUCCUCGAUCUCGAACCGUCCGGAAAUCCAGACAACCUCCGCCUAUCUCCUCCCGAGCUUCAAGUACGUACCCUUUCUGCCGCGCGUCUCGUUCGACUCGGUACAAGCACUUGUUCGCGGGUUCCUCCUACCCGAGAAGCUGCAUCCCAUGCAUGACGGCCUGUCGCCGAUACACCGCGACCGGCUGGUGCGAAAGGAGAGGUAUCAGCAGCUCUUGUACGGCGUCCGCGACGUGCAUGAUAUUCUUGUGCUCAUAUGUGGCCACGGCGGACGUGAUAUGCGCUGCGGCAUCAUGGGGCCCGUUUUGCAAAAGGAAUUCGAGGCCAAACUCCCCAGAGCUGGUUACCAAGUCAUGACAGGUCCGCUGAUUGACGAGAGCCGCUCCGCUCCGGCUUUGCCUGGAACUACAGAUGAGCCACCAUCGACGGCCCGAGUGGGCUUGAUAUCUCACAUAGGUGGGCACAAAUUUGCUGGCAAUAUUAUCAUCUACCUGCCGCCGGCUAUGAAGACCAAGGACGGAGAACCGCACCCUCUGGCUGGUCACGGUCUAUGGUAUGGACGCGUUGAGCCUCAGCAUGUCGAGGGCUUGGUUGAAGAGACGAUAGUCAAGGGCAACGUGGUGAGCGAUCAUUUUAGAGGCGGUAUCAAGCAGAGCGGUGAGAUUAUAAGAUUAUAG